CUUUUUGUGCAAAUGUCUGGUGAGUCAUCACUUUUUGUGCAAAUGUCUGGUGAGUCAUUUUGUAUUUGAUUGUGUAUCGGUAGGUAAAGAUCAUUUUAUUGACUUAAAUGUUAUAUCAGAUGAAAUAAGAUCAGGAUCAGGAGGGAAACCAUUAGAUGAAACUAGAAAAAUAUGUUUCGCACAAGAAGUUAUAGCUCAUCUCAUUAUGUGUUUGAGAUACAGUGCUUUAUUAAAAUAUUAUGUCACCACCAAAAGUAUUAACAUAUUGUUAUACCCACCAUUUUUGUCACCAGCGUUUGGUGUCAGUAGUCAGCAUCUGUAACAAAUUGUUACACUUUUGUAACCAAUUUUCAAAUACCCAUCAAGUGGUUACAUUCUGUUAUUGCUUCGUUUUAGUUUUAUGUUAUUCAGAGCUCUUGCUUAUUUAUCAUUUGUUUAACAC